AUGGCUGCGGCGCGGCAGCGACGGCGGCGUCUCCCCCUGGCGUUGGCGCUGCUCGCCCUGGUGCUGGGUGCCCAGCCGCCCUCCUGCUGGGGCCAGGCUCGCCCGGACCGCCGUUUCGCCGAAUACAAGCGAUGCGUCGACCCCGAAUGCAGUAUGCUAAUGUGUCGAGGGAAGGCAGUAAAGGAUUUUAAAGGUCCAGAUUGUCGUUUUAUAGAUUUAAAAGAAGGUGAAUCAGUGUAUGUGUAUUAUAAAUUAACAGGAAGAACAAAUGAUCUUUGGGCUGGAAGUGUUGGAAAUAAAUUUGGAUAUUUUCCAAAGGAUUUACUUGAAAUAAACCAUAUCUAUACCCAUGAUGAGCUAGAAUUGCCAACAGAUGAAACAGAUUUUGUUUGCUCUGAUGAAGGCAAAGAUGAUUUUGACAAUUAUAAUGCAGAUGAGCUUUUAAAAAUAUCUGAGGAUAUGGUGACUAACGAUGCUGCAGCUGAGCUGAGUACUGAAAAGGAAGAUGAGAUGGAAGGGGAUGGUCCUACAGAGUCCAUUGAUCUGGAGGCAGAGGGGUUUGAAGUAGAGUCAGAAGAAGAAAAUGAGGACCAUGACAAAACGGGUGAAAAAGAUGUUUUUAGUUUUGAAAAGAAUAAGAAUGUAGAAGGAGCCUUUGAGUCCAAGAGUGAGAACCUUGCUGUAAGUAGCGAUACAGAUAAUCUUCAGGGAGACCAAAGUUCACAUCAGCCUUCAGAAGAAAUAUUGCAGGAAACAUUAAAAGUGCCAAAACAUGAAAGUGCCAAAAACACUAGCGUAUCUCAGGGUGAAGCCAAACAAUCAGAUUAUGGAGGCAGUGAUGAUGGGGCUUACACACUUCUACCCCAGGAGGUAUCUGAGGACUUGAAAACAAAAUUUGGCUCAACUGCAGAUGCCAUUGUGUCUGAUGAUGAGACAACUAGCCUUGUUACAUCGCUUGAUGGUGAUUUCAGGGAAGAUCUGGACAUUGACUCUUAUGAUACAGAGAAACUAGAAGAACCGAAGGAGCCAUCAGUAGAAAUCCCUUUGCUGUCCUUUACAGAACAAGAAAUAAAAUCUUCAGAAGACCCAGAAGCUGAAAAUAUAUCAUCCGAUGGUGUAUUUCAAUCAGAAACAAGUGAUGAUGAUGAUGAUGAUACUGGGGAGACUGCUGCCAAAUUCAUUCAUGAGAAAAAGGAUGACUCUGGAUUACUAACACAUUUAGGGGAUAAGUUUUUUGCAAUUGUCAGUGGAGGUGAACGAACAGUUGAUGAAACUGAAAGGGACAAGAUUGAUUUAGAAGAGGAGGAGGACGAAGAAGAAGAAGAAGAAGAAGAAGAAGAAAAAGGAGAAGAAGAAGAUGACAAUGAUAUGGCCCUAAUUAGCAAGAAGGAAAGUGCAAAAGAUGUGUUAACUUAUUCAGAGUCUUCAUCAGAAGAUGAUCCAAUUUCAUCAGAGCACGUGAUUCUUACAAAGAAGAUACAUAACUUAGAUAUUGGGGACCCCAAAGGGAAAAAAUAUAGAAUGCAGGACUAUGAGGAAGAACAUGAAAAAACUGAGGAGGAAUUGACUUCAGAUGAACAACUGCACAAUGUUGGUGCAUUUUCUAAUUAUGGAGAUGGCCAGCAACCCAAAGCACCCAUGGAAACAAAGGAAGAAACUUUAAAGCCACCCCAAGGUGACAGCAAAGAUGUCCCAGAAGGCCUUCCUUUUCACAAAAUAAUAAAAGAUAAGAAAAGAGAAGAGAAAUAUAUGGAGAAUGCCUUAGAAAAUGAUACAAAACACACAUCAUUAUGGGAAAAAAUAGACAAAGAUGGAGAGGAUAAACAGCCAAUGGACAUUGUACCAGACUUGCUAGAGGAACUGACCAAUGAAUCUCAAAGUGAUUUCGAUGAUGCUGAUCUCUUGGAAGAGAAAACAAAAUAUGAAACAAAGCAAGAUGGAGAAGAUUUUGAACUAAGAAAGAUACUCAGUAAUAAGAAGCAGUCAAAUGACUCUGCUAUGGAAAACAUUCCCACCAAGAAAGAUACUCAAAUGCCUAUUGAACGGUCUCAACAAGAUACUAUAAUCCAGGAUUUAGAAGAAAAAGAAGAGGAGGAGGAAGAUCUUACAAGUAGCAAGAAAACACAAAGGAAAAAGUCUGUUCUAGAAAAAUCCAGGAGUGCUACACAACAUAAAAAUCUGACUCAGCAAAACAUUGUUAACAAUGAAACGGAACACUUAGACAAAGUUACAGGUGGAGAGAAAUCACCCACAGAAGAACUCCAGUCUGUGGAGCUAGAAGCCGAAGGUUUCCUAGAAGAAACAGAAGAGUUACUACAAGAUGAAAAUGCUAUGAGUGCAAAAUUGUCUAAAGAGAAACUUUCAGAUGAACAAAGUUUCACAUUAGAUGUUGAAAGUGCAAACCCUUGGCUGCAAAUGCCAAAUGAUGCUAUUUCAAGUGCUGCUAAUCCUGUUGAUGAAACAGGAGAAGAAGCAAUAACAACACUUGAGCAGGCUAAGGAAGAAGAUGGCAUGGGAGAUUUGAAUGAGGAACAUGGAGGUUUGCAGAUGAAAGAGGAUUCUCAACUGAAGGAAGGUGAAGAGGAAAAGCACGAAGGAGGUGAUCCAACAAUAUUUCAUGAAGUGGAAAAUCCUCUGCUUGAGGAAAAAAGUCAAAUAAAAGAUAUACCUGAUAAAAUGUUAAGUAAUUUAAAUAUUUCUGAGUUAGAAGACAGGGAUGACUUUAAUCAAACAAAGGAGCAUCUCCCUAAAGAUUUUACCCAAAAAGGUCAUAAAGAGCUACAAAUGUCAACAGAGCAGACAGAAGAUAAACACCAGAAUUCCCAUGAUCCUAGAAGUGUAUCAGAAAACACAAAUGAAGCUGUAGAGCCAGAAUAUAGUUUGCCUGUGAGGCAGCUCAUUAUAAUGAAAGAAUUCCUUGAUGAAAAACGUAUUGCACGUUUACAAAAGUAUCUUGGGAAACAACAGGUUUUCAGGAUAGAAUCUUUGUUUCAUGAUAUGGAGAUGGAGCUGUUGCUUGCUCAGAACCAUAAUAACCAGAAAGACACUGAAAGGGCUUUGGACCAGAUCCUUGAAUCUUCAGAGUCCAAUAUUCUAGAUGUUCUGAACAAAGUUUUAGAUUCAAGGGAGGUAGAAAAUAAAGAAGAAGUGAUCAAGGAAAUGGACUUGUUUGAUGAAGAAGCUGCCUUAAUGGAUGAUAUUCAGGAACUAAUGUAUUCAUUAAGGCAAAAAUACUCUCCAGUUAGUGAGAGUGCUCCACUUGCAUCCCUUCCAGAACCUGAGAUGGACUCCAGUGAAACCAGCACAGCUAAUGCAAAACAAAGUGAACAUGACACACAUGUUGUAGAAAGCCCAGCUGUGACCAGAGAUCAAAAGGUUUUACACAAUGUAGAGCAGAUGUCAAAAAAAGAAGAAAUUCUUCAGCUGGAUCAGCCAAAAGAAGAUGGGAUUAUUUUGGCAGAGACUGGAAUUUUGGAUGAAACAGUGAUCAAGGAUAUCCUUGAAAAUGACCAAAGAAUGCCAAAUGUGGAUACAGCCCUCGGAUCAGUUGAUUCAGGAACUGAGAGAGACUUUAUGGCAGGUCUAAUUAUUGGUAAGGAUAAUGCAAUGGAAGAAAGUAAUAAUCCACCAGAAGCAGAUACUUCUACUUCCCAUAUUGCUUCCUUGGAUGCAGUCCUAUUAGCUAAGGAAAAUAUGCGGCCGUUCACAGAGAUCCUGGUUUCAACGCUACCUGAAGACAUGCAGCCUGGCCCCGAUUUCCAUGGAGUUCCUUGGGAGCCCAUAAUCAUCACUGUCCUUGUGGGAAUUGCUACACUUGCUAUUUUCCUUUGGAGAACCUGCUUAUCUGUAAAAAGUAGAAUGUAUCAAGUGACGGAAAAACAGCUUGUUGAAAAAAUUAAGACUCUUCUAAAAGAAAAGACAGAAAUCUUAGAAAAGAUGUCAGAGUAUGAUCAGAAGAUAAAGGAAGCAAAGGAAUCUGUGAAAGAAGCCCAGAAGCAAAACACAAAUCUUUCAGAUGAAACUGCAGGGCUUAAGGACACAGUCAGGGGGCUUAAAGAAACAAAUCAUCUUCUAGAUGAUAGAGUAAAAAACUUAAACACCAUGCUAGAAAUGGAGAGAGACCACAACUUGAAGAAACAGGAAGAAAUGAUAGAAGCACAGAAGUCUCUAGAAAAACUCCAAGAAGCCAUCACAUUACAUUCUGUGGAGCUUUCAGAGGUACAGAUAGCUCUCAAUGAAACUAAAUUAAGUGAAGAAAAAGUGAAAUCUGAGCUACGUCGUAUGCAAGAAGAGAAUGUAAGACUCAAGAAGAGUAAGGAGCAACUGUUUCAAGAAGCAGAAGGCUGGAGUGAGAGGCAUGCUGAGUUCAGCGAACAGAUAAAGUUAUAUCAGAAGUCACAAAAAGACAUUGAAGAAGCACUUGCCUAUAAAGAUAAUGAAAUUGAGGUUUUGACUAACUGCAUUAUGCAACUGAAGCAGCUUGAUGCAGAUUCUGAGUCAGAAGGCAAGAGGGAUGAAGGAAUUGAUCUGGCCAACGGAGAGAUCUCAGAUACCAGGAAUGAAAAGAUGAAGAAUCAGAUUAAGCAGAUGAUGGAUGUUUCAAGGGUAAAAACAACAUUAUCUAUCAUUGAAGAAGAAAGAGAUCACUUACGUUCCAAGCUAAGUGAUGAAGUAGCAGCAAGGCAUGAAUUAGAAGAGCAAAUCAAGAAGCUGGAACAUGAUUCCUGUUCCUUGCAGACAGCAAAAUCUCAGCUAGAAAGUGAAGGUAAAACCCUGCAACAAAAAGUAGAGAUUCUCAAUGAACUUUAUCAGCAGAAGGAGAUGGCACUUCAAAAGAAGUUGACGCAAGAAGAGUAUGAGCGUCAAGAGAAGGAGCAAAAGCUCUCUGCUGCAGAUGAAAAAGCAAUCCUGGCUGUUGAAGAAGUGAAAGUUUACAAACAGAGGAUUCAGGAAAUGGAAGAAGAAUUGCAAAAAACAGAGCGGUCUUACAAAAAUCAGAUUGCUACCCAUGAGAAGAAGGCCCACGACAACUGGCUCAUAGCACGUUCUGCAGAGAGGGCAUUAGUUGAAGAAAAAAGGGAAGCAGCCAACCUGAGACAAAAGUUAAUAGAGGUGAAUCAAAAAAUAGACACAUUUCAGAGACCAAUAAUUGUGAAGCCAACUGCUGGCCGGCCAGACCAUCAAGUCCCUCCUCGCAGAGGUCCAUUAAGUCGAGAUGGAUCUUUUGGGCCUUCACCUGUGAGUGGUGGAGCUCCUUCGCCACCACUGAUGAUGGAACCCCCUGGGCGGCCCCUUUCUGCCAAUCCAAGGGAAGGCUCAAGAGAUACCACUAUGAUUGAUGGGCCUCCAGUCCCAAGGAGGCAUCCUGAGCUAUCUGGAAGAAUGUCUGCUCCAGAUCUUGGUCCUGCUGUAGCAGCCUUAAUCAACUGUGGGCCAAGAACAUCCUCUCCUUCUUCUGCCAUAAUGGAUGGAAUGCAAAACCCUCCCAAAGAGCAUGAAGCCCCCAGUGUUUCUGCUGUUUCAACUUCAGCUGCUGAAGCAACUGCAGUUAACAUAGGUUCUAAAGGCCCACCAUCUUUCCCGGGUGGACCCAUGAUGCCAUCCCCAGCAACUGGACCUUUGCCACCUCCAGUUCGUUUUGGACCUCCACUACGGCCACCUUAUGGACCUCGGCCUCUUCCUCUCUCUCUAGUUCGUGGAGCUCCUCCACCACCUCUUCCCAGAGAUUAUCCACCUGGCCCUCCAUUUGGAAUGAGAGACUUUCCACCAGGCCCACUACCACCUCCCCCUGACCAGAGAGGGUAUCUCCGUGGACCACCUCCUUUCCGGCCUCCACCCCUCAGAGAUUAUCCUCCAGGUCCACGGCUACCUCCACAAGGAUUAAGGGACUAUCCCCCUCUUCCUGUCAGAGACUUGCCACCUUCAGUACCUAAUGACCACCAAGGAGGUCCUCCUUGUCCUCCAUCUCCAGCUAGCUCACGGGACUCAGCACAUCAUCCGGAACAGAAACCAUGACUUUGGAUUUCUGGACUGUUCUCUAUCACGUUUCAGGUGGUGAGGAUUUCAAUGGCUUCAUCAGCAGAAUCAAUUCUGUUUCUUCCUUUAGACUUGGUUUCAGUGUAGCUUUUUUUUUUUUGGCAGAAAUUAUUUCUCUAGCAAUGCGCAUUUCGAUCACCUUUAAAUCAGGACUUGUUCAUCCUUUUGGGAUGCAAAUAUAAUUUUUCUGUGAAUGACCCUGAAGCCUGCUUCUACAGUUGUGGCCGACCCACAGCUCUCAACGUGCAAUAUAUGAAAGUACCUGUGUGGUUAGUUUUUAAUUAAUGUAGCCUAUGUAACAAGUUGGUGAAUGAUUUCAAAAUUAUAAUCUGAACAUUUCCUGUGGAAAUAGUUUCAGUAAGAAAUGCUACCCCUUCACAUUUAGCCUACAGUGACUGUAGACAAGUGGUUUACACAAGGAUUCCAAUACAGACCUUUUUAAAACAAGAUCAGAGGCAAACUACACUGUACUGGAAGGACAAAUCUACUAAUAAAGAGCAAGAUCCUUUUUUUGCUACAUUUGAAGAAUGAAUUUUGUUAAUACCAAAGUAAUUUUCCAUUUUGGCCAUAAACACAAGUUGUGAGUAGUUGUAAAGAUUAAGUGACAAGGAGUAAAUUGUCCCAGCAAGUGGAUUACUGUGAGAGAGGAGUGGACAGUAACAUGCUCUAAUUUAAGCACAAAAAAUGCUACUUGGAGCUCUUGAUGUCCAGGAAAACUCCAAAAUCAACUACAUGAAGCCUGAUAACUAAAGCUUGUCUGGGGAGUGAAAUGCAAAUUGAAAUACAGGCUUUUUUUAAAAAAAAAUGCUGGCUCAAAAAGGCAUGAAUUGAAAUGGUGCCUUUCUACAGCAAAUUACUUGGUAAUUUAAAACAGCAUGUUGUGUUAGUUCAAAAGGCUGUAUGAGCCAAAGGACUUUUCCUGCCUCUCCAGGAAGGCAUAUUGAUUCUCUGAAAAGCCAUGAGCUGUUGGAAGGUUGAAAUGAGGUAAUGAGCAGAGCCCAGUUAAGAAGAGUUGUCUGGAAAAGCUUUGGAGAGGGGGGUGGGCAUAGUGGAAAAGACUGCAUAGGAAAAUGGCUGCUCACACAAAGCAGGAAACCUAUUUUAAGGUCCCCUAUUUCACUUGGAUCCCAGAUGGCUAUGCCUAGUCACCUGGCAUCUGAAUAGGAGCCUAUCCUGAACUACAACAGAUAGUCCAGGCCCUGUUACCUUCCAGCAUGGGCGGUGUUCAUCAGAUGGUGCAGGCACAAGAAAAUUAUAAGACGAUGGGCCUCAGCCCUUCUCCAAGAGAGGAGUCACAGUGCAAGAAUCUCUCAGAGGUGUGACUUUUCAGCCUUCCUAUAGUGUACAGCUUCCCUUCCUGAAACCUCAUCCUUAAGGCCUUGGCAGGGUCUUCAUGAGAACUUCCAAAGACCAUUGCUAACACAGGGUGAGGUAACUUGUAUCCCUCCAGGUGUUUUGGCCUACAACUCCCAUCAGUCCUAGUUGAUGGAUGAUGGGAGUUGUAGGCCAAACAUCUUAUGCAAAACUUCAGCAGAUAGAAAUCCCCCAGUUAGAGAAGCAGAUGCCUUUUCAGAA